AUGGAACGAGUCUUUGGGCUGCAAUUAUCUUGUCUGCAUUACUAUUCUUUGACAUUAAUGAUUCCCCCAAGAAACAUAUAAACCCAACCCUCAGAAAUGACGGUGCCUGUUUGUGCGCGAGCGACUGCAAGAGCAGCUUCGCGGAGUGUCGUCUGUCAAGCUAUCAGACCUGCAACUCGGACAGCGUCGCUCUCCAAUAAGGUGUUGAACCAGUCGAGAGCUAUAAGCAGUUACGGGUAUACGCAGUCGAAAGCACUUGUCUACUCCAAAUACGGCGAACCGCAAGACGUCCUCAGUCUCCACGGCCAUUCCAUCUCUCCAGUAGCCGGCACCAGCGUGGUAGUGCGAAUGCUGGUUGCCCCAAUCAACCCUGCCGAUGUAAAUCAGAUCCAAGGCGUGUACCCUUCAAAACCUGAAUUGACUACAUCUCUGGGAACGUCGGAGCCAUCGGCGGUGGGAGGCAAUGAGGGCGUGGGAGAGGUCAUCAGCAUCGGCUCGGGGGUCAAGAGUUUGUCCAAAGGAGACUGGGUUAUUAUGAAGCAUACAUCACAAGGAACAUGGCGCACACAUCUGGAAAUCGAUGAGAGCAAGCUGUUGAAGAUUGACAACAAAGACGGUCUCACUCCUCUGCAAGUGGGAACGGUAUCGGUCAACCCUUGCACAGCGUACCGAAUGCUCCUCGACUCAGCCAAAUGGGACUUCCGGGGGGGCGAGUGGUUUAUACAGAACGGAGCCAAUAGUGGUGUUGGAAGGGCAGCCAUCCAACUCGGCAAAGAGUGGGGAUUCAAGAGCAUCAAUGUGAUUCGAGGGCGAGAGGACAAGGAGGCGGAGCAAGAGCUCAAACAAGAACUACUGGAUCUGGGAGCGACGCAAGUGGUGACAGAAGAAGAGCUUCAAGGCCGAGGUAUGAAGGAUCAGAUCAAGGAAUGGACAAAUGGAGGUCGCGAGCAGGUCAAGGUUGGGUUGAAUUGUGUGGGAGGGAAACCAGCGACAGCACUGGCAAAAUUUCUGAGCCCUGGAGCCAGCAUGGUGACGUACGGUGCCAUGAGCAAGCAGCCUGUCAUGCUGCCGGCUUCGUUGCUGAUUUUCAAGGAGAUCAGCUUCAGUGGGUUCUGGGUCAGCAAAUGGAGUGAUCGCUAUCCAGACCAAAAAAAGCAGACGGUAGAGGACGUGCUGAGAUUGACGAGGGAAGGGAAAUUCAAGGACAUCCCGGUGCAAGAAUGCAAAUGGGGUUGGAAGACGGGCUUGGAGACACUUCAGGCGGCGGUUCAAGGCACUCUUGGAGGCUUCCGGGCAGGCAAGGGAGUUUUCGUCUUUGAGGAAACCUGAGCAGAUGUUGUUUGUCAUGUAAAAGUAGCAUCUGACAGGGUUUCAUUGCGCGUGAUACCAUAGUGUACAUAGUGUAGAAAUGAUUGAUAUGAGUAA